AUGCAGCUGCUGCUUGGGGCCUCGGUGCUGGUGCUGGGGGCGCUCUGCUUUUUGGAAACGGCGGACUCUUCGGCCUAUGACAAGAUAGUGUCACACAGCCGCAUCCGGGCCAGGAGUCAGGGGCCCAAUAUGUGUGCCCUGCAGCAGGUCCUGGGGACAAAGAAGAAGUACUUCAGCACAUGUCGAAACUGGUACAAAGGCUCAAUCUGUGGCAAGAAGGCGACGGUUGUGUACGAAUGCUGUCCUGGAUACAUGGAGCUGGAGGGCAUGAAGGGCUGUCCUGCAGUGGCUCCAAUAGAACAUGUCUACGGCACACUUGGUCUUGUGAAGGCAACGACAACCCAAAGGUAUGCAGAUAUGUCCAAAGUGCGGGAGGAGCUCGAAGGAAAGGGCUCCUAUACUUUAUUCGCACCAAGCAACGACGCCUGGGACGACUUAGACAGAAAUCUAAGAUCUGCUUUGGAGGGUAACGUGAACAUUGAGUUAUUCAAUGCUCUCCAUUACCACAUGGUGAACCGCCGCCUUCUGACCAAAGACCUGAGGGACGGGAUCACAGUCAAAUCUAUGUACAAUGACCUGGGGCUCCACAUCAACCACUAUCCAAACGGGGUUGUGACAGUGAACUGUGCCAGGAUCAUCCAUGGAAACCAGGUGUCCACAAACGGAGUGGUCCAUGUGAUCGAUCGUGUCAUCAGCACCGUCAGCAACAACAUCAAAGACUUCCUGGAAGUGACAGACGAGCUCUCCUCCUUCAACACUGUAGCUGUGGCCUCUGGUGUAAUUGACAAACUGGACCAACCUGGACAUUUCACAUUGUUUGCUCCCACUAAUGAUGCCUUUGCUAAACUGCCCUCGGGAUACAUUGACCGCAUCAUGGAUAAUAAUGACGUUCUUCAAGCCCUUGUGAACUACCACCUCCUGACCAGCGCGCAGUGCUCUGAGGCGAUCAUGGCAGGAACACUGUAUGAGACUGCAGAGGGGACAACCAUCGAGAUCGGCUGUGACGGAGACAGUCUCACCGUCAACGGCAUCAAGAUGGUCCUGAAGAAAGACAUCGUCACAACCAAUGGAGUCAUCCACCUCAUAGACCAGGUGCUCAUUCCAAACUCAGCUAAAGAGGUGAUGGAGCUGACAGGGGAGACACAGAGCACAUUCACAGACAUGGUUUCUGAACUGGGCCUUGCUGCAGCUCUGGGGCCAAAAGCAGAAUACACCCUGCUCGCCCCACUGAACUCUGCCUUUACAAAUGAGGUGAUGAGCACAGACCAAAAUGAGCUGAGACAAAUUUUGGAGAACCACAUCCUGAAGCUGAAGGUGACUCUGGGUGAGCUUUAUAAUGGACAGACUCUGGAGACACUGGCUGGAAAACUCCUCCGAGUAUUCAUCUACCGCACAGCUGUGUGCUUGGAAAAUGCCUGUAUGAUACGUGGCAGUAAGGAGGGAAGCAAUGGAGCCCUGCAUCUUCUGAGAACCAUCAUAAAUGUGCCAGAGAAAUCUCUAUAUGAGAUUUUGGUCACUGAUGGACGGUUCAGGAUCUUUUUGAACCUGAUGGAGACAGCAGGACUGACUGACCUACUGCGACAGGAGGGCUCCUACACCAUCUUUGCCCCGACAGACGAGGCAUUCAGUGAACUUUCCCAAGACGACAUUGCCCUGCUGAAAAGUGAUGUGAAUGUGCUGAGGACCAUUUUGUUGUACCACUUCAGCAACGGUGUCUUCAUCAAUGGAGGGCUUGAAGGAGGAGUCACCAAUCUGCUCAAGAGUAUGCAAGGAAACAACCUCCAAGUCAUGUCUGCGAAUAACACCAUUCAUGUCAACUCCAUAAAUGUCCCUGACAGUGAUCUGAUGGCCACAAAUGGCGUUGUGCAUGUGGUGAAAAAUGUCCUGUAUCCCGGGGACCUCCCUGUGGGCCGUCAGGACAUCCUGGUUCUGCUGAAGAAGCUUAUCAAGUACAUCACACUUAAGUUUCAAGCUGGAUUUUCAUACUCAGAAAUUCCAUUAACUUUCAUCAAGAGGACGAUCACAACCACACACUAUAUUGAAACAGUGCCCGAAACAACCAAGGUGAUUAGAGUAAUUGAAGAACCAUCCCAGAAAACGUUCACGCAGGUCAUCGAGGGUGAACCAAAAUUCACCAAGGUAACACGGGUGAUUGAGACGGAGCCGGUGGUCACGGAGAUCCGGGUCGAGACGGACAUCACGGACCCAAGUACACUUACCAGGGUUAUUGGGGGGGAUGUGAAGAUUCCAGAGAAUAUAAAGAAAACUAUUAAAGAGGAGAUCGAGAAGACUAUCUCAGAAGAGUUUGAAAAGAUUGAAAAGACUCUUUCAGAGCCCAGUACCAGCAUGGUGGUGGCGGAGGGCGAGUCAGGAAUCACCAAAGUCACCAGAGUUGUUAAGCCCACUUUUACCAAAGUUACAAGAGUGAUUCAGGGAGCUGAUGCACAGAAAAAUGCAGUGCCCCCUGGAGAAGGACCCGGCCUUGUCAUCGAGCCCUUUAUCAUUGAGGGACCAGACUUUUCUAAAAUUACCACAAUACAUGGCAACCCAGAUUUGAUCGAGGAGGAGUCAGAAAGAAUUACCAAAAUAAUUAAAGAAGGAGGGAAGUAUGCUUCUGCCAGGAAAGCCCAAGCCAUAGCACGGAGGAGAGCAAGGCUGGCCAGGCGUCACCACAAACCGAGGGAGUGAAUCGGACUGAGACCAAACAGAGACUGAUCUCAUCGGCAGUGCUCCUGGCUGAGCACUUCGACAUUAAAGUUUAUUCAGCUUAAUGCCUUCUCAAAGCAGGACCGUUCACUACUCCACCAGCUUACUGAAUGGGAUGUAGAGUGCUGUGCAGAGGAUUAUGAAUAGUUAAAACUGCUUAAAGGGGCAUCAUGAAACUUUUGGAUGGAGGGAGGGUCCGUUACCUGCUUGUCUCCAUGGUUAUUGUUUGCCUCUGUUAAACAGAUCUAUCUCAGACCAAGUUACAGUUCCGAUCUGUGAUCCAAGUGCAUGUUUUUCUAAGGUGUUUUCAAGCUAUAUAGACAACUGUAACUGAAUAUAUGCAUAUAUCGAUCAAUUUGUGUAAUAUCUGAGACAAAGCAAUAAAAACCCCAUGGAGACAAACAGGUGUUGGAUCCCCCCACUGAAAGGUUACAUAGUGCGCCUUUAACAAAUCCAAUCCUUAACAAAUACCAUCCUUACUUUUUUUAGGGAUUCUGCACCAAAGACAUAAACCAGAAGAUUUCACUGAAUGAUGAGCAUUAAGUUACAAUAUCAUUUAUAACUGAUAAAUAUUAUAUUGACUUGUGGUGACUCAACGGAACCAACUAGGAGAUUAUUUUAAGUUUCUCUUCAAAUAUACAUUGAAAUAACAACUUUGCACAGUACUGUAUAAUACCAAUGCAAUACGUUAUGUUCAUGACUGCAAGCAUGCAUAAAGUGGCGGGGUAAAAGGUCAUAUGAGGUAUUGCUUGACCACUAAGAUGUUUUGUUAUUUUAUUAUUAUGACAUUUUGUAAACUUUAUUUGUGUAUGCUUUUUCUGGUGCUUGCAAUCUGCACAACAGUUGCAUUUUGAAACAGGGUUGUCCAGUGAAUGUUUUUGCAACUCAAGUGUGUUAACAAAUGUUUUGAAUGUUAGCUUGAAUCAUGUAUGAGGUUGUACAGCCAAAUGCAAGCUUUAAAGUUGUAUGUUGUUUGUUUGUUUUUUUUACCUCAGAAGUGGGAAAUAAAAAUGUAUGAGUUAAUGUG